AUGAAACUUUACAAAUAUAAAUGUCCCACUGGCUCUGGAAAAACACAAUUAGCCCUCCUCUACGCCAAGAAAUUUACAAACAAAAACAAUGACAGCACGUGCUUCUGUUUCAACUCAUCAACCCCAGAGGACAUCCUAGUUGAUGUUACCUCAAGUGAUGAUAAUGAUGCAUUUGUAAAAGGGUUUGAGAAUUUGACACUCGAAGUGAAAGGUUAUUCCAAGGCAGAUGUUGAUGCCCUCAAUAUUUGUCAAUACAACCAAUUCAAAGGCAAAGAUAUGCAAAAUUUGGCAAAGAAGCUUGACUAUUUGCCACUGGGAAUACACGCAGCAUGUCAAUACAUUAUCGAAUCUAAAGGAACCAAACCCAAGCUUCUUGACCAACUGAAGGGUGGUAAAGAGGAUGCAUUAGAUAGCUUGUUUCAACUGUCACACAUAAAGGCGUGCAAGGAAUGUGAACAAGAUGAAAAGGCCAAACUACUACUCAAUGUUGUUGCUGCACUAAGCCCUGAUCCGAUACCCUUUGAUGUUCUCGACUGGAUGAUAGGUAGUGGCAAUGAAGACCCAUUUCAAAAGAAAGCUGAUCGUUCCAUUGAAUUGGAUAAAAUGGCAAAAAGGAGAAACAAGAUAAUCGAUUCGAUAACGAGAUUCCAUCUAGGGACAGUGGAAAUAAAGGGAUCUGAUCUGAUGGCUGAAACAUUUUUUUAUAAACUUACUCAUACUAUCAGCUAUUGUUUUUCUUUCCAGUGUGGAAUCACUAGGACUAGAGUUGUUACUGAGAAAGAUACAACAUCAAUUUGAUUAAAGAAUAAGUGAUUAAUUAUUCGUAUUGAUCUUGCUAUAUUUUACCAAAUAUAGUACAUUUCUACCUUAUUUCUCAUCUUGUUUUUCCCUACUAUGCAUUAUGUGCAAGUGGUAUCCUGGUAUAUAAUACUCAGUACCGCACCUUGCUAAUUGAUCUCUUAUCCAGUUGUUUUUCACCAGUGUGGAGCAUGUUCCAUCUUACUGUUUUAUUAUAUCAAAUACAGUCUUUGCCACUUGAUCUCUCAAUUUGAUCUCUUAUCUCG